AACAAAACACUGACUGACUGACAAAGUGUCGCAACUCGCCUCACUCCUGUUUUAAUGAACCUUCAUGUCUUUUAUCUUUUGAGCUCAAACAGAAGCUGCACAUCCACUUUGGUAACUUUUGAAUGAGCCGCUUGCGUAGAGAGAGUUUUUUUUUCCUCCCGAUUUUUUGUCUUUUAUUUUAAUUUGACGUUGGGGAUAAAGCUUUUAUUUUUUCUUUAUCAUUUAAAGACUCGUGAUGGCUCUCCUGUCACUAGCGGUACUACUUGUAGGAUUUGUAUUGACUUCAGCUGACAAGGCUGGUGUAGUAGAUAAAGAGGAUGAGCUGAGGAGCCGUCUGAAGGAGUACGGCCUGGUCACGCCCUUCAGCACCGACUCCCACGGACACUACCUGUCUCACCUGCUCUCCGCCACACACAAGCAGCGCGUCAAGAGGGAGGUGUUUACUCCCGGCGAAGCAGAACAGAAACUGUUCUUCAACAUCUCCGCCUUCGGGAAGGAGUUCCACCUGCGUCUGCGGCCCAACAACAGGCUGGUGGCGCCGGGCGCCAUGGUGGAGUGGCACGACGAGACCCGAGGCUUCGGGAACGCCAGCGCCGGCGCCGGGGACGACGACGCUGCUGUAAACCAGACCGAGGCGGAGAGGACUCUGCACCGCGAGCUGCUCAAGACAGACUGCACCUUCAUCGGUGACAUCACAGACGUACCCGGGGCCUCGGUUGCCAUUAACAACUGCGACGGACUGGCCGGGAUGAUCCGCACCGACUCGGACGAAUACUUCAUCGAGCCGCUGGAGAGAGGCACUCAGGAGCUGGAGGACCAGGGCCGGGUCCACGUGGUCUACCGCCGCUCGGCUCUGCUGCAGCCCCCCUCAGACAUCUCUGUGGACUACCAGCUGGAAGAACCAGAGCUGGACGUAGCCGGGACCCUGGACUCUGUGGCCCGGCAGGUCAAUGAGACGCUCCACCGCCGUCGGCGCCGAGACGCCGGAGACGACGACUACAACAUCGAGAUCCUGCUGGGAGUCGACGACUCGGUGGUUCGGUUCCACGGCAAGGAGCACGUCCAGAAUUACCUCCUCACUCUCAUGAACAUUGUGAAUGAGAUUUAUCACGACGAGUCGCUGGGAGUCCACAUCAACGUGGUCCUGGUGAGGAUGAUCAUGCUGGGCUACGCCAAGUCCAUCAGUCUCAUAGAGAGAGGGAACCCGUCGCGGAGCCUGGAGAACGUGUGCCGCUGGGCGUUUGUGCAGCAGAAAGGCGACCCGGAUCACGCCGAGCACCACGACCACGCCAUCUUCCUCACUCGCCAAGGCUUCGGGCCCACGGGGAUGCAGGGUUAUGCUCCUGUCACAGGAAUGUGCCACCCGGUCCGGAGCUGCACCCUCAACCACGAAGACGGCUUCUCCUCGGCCUUCGUUGUGGCUCACGAGACCGGACACGUGUUGGGGAUGGAGCACGACGGCCAGGGGAACCGCUGCGGGGACGAGACGGCGAUGGGCAGCGUGAUGGCUCCUCUGGUGCAGGCGGCCUUCCAUCGCUACCACUGGUCCAUGUGCAGCGGACAGGAGCUGAAGAGAUACAUCCAGACGUACGACUGUCUCCUGGACGACCCCUUCAAACACGACUGGCCUCAGCUGCCUGAACUUCCCGGCAUCAACUACUCCAUGGACGAGCAGUGUCGCUUUGACUUCGGAGUGGGCUACAAGAUCUGCACCUCAUUUCGUACAUUCGACCCGUGUAAGCAGCUCUGGUGCAGCCACCCGGACAACCCGUACUUCUGCAAGACCAAGAAAGGGCCGCCGCUGGACGGGACCGAGUGCUCUCCUGGAAAAUGGUGCUACAAAGGUCACUGCAUGUGGAAAAACCCUAACCAGGUGAAGCAGGACGGCUCCUGGGGCUCCUGGAGCAAAUACGGCUCCUGCUCUCGCUCCUGUGGGACCGGAGUCCGCUUCAGGACUCGUCAGUGCAACAACCCGGCGCCGUCCAACGGCGGCCAGGACUGCCCCGGAGUCAACUACGAGUAUCAGCUGUGCAACACUGACGACUGCCCCAAGCACUUCGAAGACUUCCGAGCCCAGCAGUGCCAGCUCCGCAACUCCCACUUUGAGUUCCAGAGCGCCAAACAUCACUGGCAGCCCUACGAGCAUCCCGACGCCAACAAGAGGUGCCACUUAUACUGCCAGUCCAAGGAGACGGGGGACGUGGCGUACAUGAAGCAGCUGGUGCAUGAUGGGACACGCUGCUCCUACAAGGACGCCUACAGUAUCUGUGUGCGGGGAGAAUGUGUGAGAGUCGGCUGCGACAGAGAGAUCGGCUCCACCAAAGUGGAGGACAAAUGUGGCGUCUGUGGUGGGGACAACUCCCACUGCCGCACCGUUAAAGGAACCUUCACCAGAACACCAAAGAAACCUGGGAAGACCAGAGGAGCCUUCUCUUUGCCCAAAGGAGCCCGAAAUGUGUUUUUAAAUGAAACCGAAGACUCUAGAAAUGUUGUGGGUUACCUUAAGAUGUUUCUCAUUCCUCCUGGAGCUAGACAUGUGAUCAUCCAAGAACAUGAGGCCUCCCCUCAAAUUCUUGCAAUCAAGAACCAGGCAACGGGGCAUUACAUCCUCAAUGGGAAAGGAGAGGAGGUCAAGUCCAGGAGCUUCAUCGACUUGGGCGUGGAGUGGCACUACAUAAUCGAGGACGACGUGGAGACGCUGCACACUGAUGGACCUCUGCAUGACCCCGUAGUGGUUCUGAUUAUUCCCAGAGACAAUGAAACAAGGUCUACUCUAAUGUACAAGUACAUCAUCCAUGAAGAUUCAGUGCCUGUCAACAACAACAAUGUGAUCCAGGAGGACACGUUCGAGUGGGCUCUGAAGAGCUGGUCUCCUUGUUCCAAGCCGUGUGCCGGAGGGUUUCAGUACACCAAGUAUGGCUGUCGGAAGAAAGGAGACACCAAGAUGGUCCACCGAGGAUACUGCGAGGCCAGCAAGAAGCCCAAACCCAUCCGCAGAAUGUGUAACCUUCAGGACUGCACACAGCCUCAGUGGAGCUCUGAGGAUUGGGAGCAUUGUACCAAAACCUGCGGCAGCCUGGGCUUCCAGAUCCGGACAGUGCGGUGCGUUCAGUUCUUCCACGAGGGCACCAACCGCUCCGUCCACAGCAAGUACUGCAGCGGGGAGAAGCCGGAGAGCCGGAGGCCCUGCAACAGAGUCUCGUGUCCCUCCCAGUGGAGAACCGGAGCCUGGUCAGAGUGCUCCGUGACCUGCGGAGAGGGGAUGGAGAGGCGUCUGGUCACUUGCCGGAUCGGAGACCAAUGUAACGGAGAGAAACCUGAGAAUGUGAGACAGUGCAGACCUGGACCCUGCCACGAUGAGCCAUGUAAUGGAGACAAAUCCAUCUUCUGCCAAAUGGAGGUCCUGGCGCGCUACUGCUCUAUCCCCGGCUACAACAAGCUGUGCUGCGACUCCUGCAGCAAGCGCAGCGGAGCUCUGUCUCUGUUCUCCGAGGCGGCCGAGACGGAGGAGCACGUCCGCUUCGGAUCCGCCUCCCAGCUGCUCGAGACGUUAACGGCCUCUGUGGCGGCCAACGGCACCCGCAGCGGUAAACAACACGGCUCGGGCAAAGGGCCCGCCGCCGCCAAACACGUCACCACCCCGGCCCCGCUGAAGAAAACCCCGUCGAAGAUCACCACGGCGCCCCGGAGAGUCCCGAGACACGUGGGGGAGCUGCCCGGCUCGGCUCCAGCUCCCCGGGGAGACUCCUCACAGGGUCAAAGGUCGAGCAGCCUGACGGAGAGUCGGCGGCCGACGGCGUAUUCUGAAGUGGAGAGAUGAAAGUGGCGCCCUUCAACCUUCAGGACUCUUAAUGUACAGCAGAUAAUCCAGCUUCAUCCUGAGUCUUCUCACGCCAAAAACACCACAGAGAGAAAGAAAGAAAGAAAGAAAAGUGCUGGUUCACUUUGUUGUUAAGAUUUUCCCUUUUGCCUCUAAUAUUGACUCUAAUAUGACAUCUUACAUGGAGCUCCCAGAGUUAAUUAUCACUUAAACAGCCCUGCUUUCAUACGUUUCAUUGAGAGGAGCAACAUACAGUAAUUUUAAGGCUAAAGGGCACUAAAGGGUCCAAAGGGAAUUUUUCAUCCAUGUCAAAUGAAAAAAAGCUCAAUGAAACACAGCGUUACUUCACAGUGAGUCAUUUUAGGAAUACCAAAUAGCCGAAAGGGCAAAUAAAUAUUCAAAAGAAGCAUCUAAUUUACUCCACAGGAUCCAAACUUUAAAUAGAUAUUAGAGAGAAAUGCCUGAUUUUCAACCUAAACCUUUCUAACCCCAACAAGCCUUGAAGUUCUCUUUGAUGGCACCAGCAGUGACAGGUGCAGGAUGUCUGAUUGUUCUUUCCUCUGGUCUUUUCAUUUAAUGAAUCAGGCCCCUGGUGUCUGCAGAGCACUGCAGCAGCUCCUCGGGCAAAUCCUCAGCAGACGGCGAGGGAGAAAUGUCAACAGGUGCAGUCAUUAGAGCUGAUUCAAUUAGUGCAAAUGUAUGUAGCCUGCACAAGUUGAACUCAGAAACAGAAAUAGACAGGAAACGGUGCAGAAAUACAUGUUAGACAGGUGAAAAACCACAACACAGCUCCAGUGUAAAUAGUUGCAUUCACUAUAAUGUUCUUUAAGGUAAAUCUCAGAUCUUUUGCAUUUAACUAACAUCGCUUAACUGCAUGUUGCAACAAACAGAACGGCUCCAUGUGAAACUGCUAGACGGUCAGUUUUGAGCUCGAUGGGAGGAUUAUUUCGUCAUGAAUUUGAAGUGGAAGUUUAGAAGAUGCAGCUGGAAAGCCCCCUUUUUACUUGAACGUUACAAACUGCCAUUUUCUUGCCAAAAAAUAUAUAUAUAAGUGUGAAGCUUGCCUUAUAUAGAACACAGCUGUCCCAGUACUUGAGGAGUCACUGCAUAUACAAAAUCAAACACCACACUUCAUAUGACCACACGUGGAAAGUGGUUAACGAGUGAAAACCAUUGGGAAAGUGGUUUUAGUUGUAUAGAUUUUUUUUUUUUUAUAUCCGGCAAUGUCUGUUGAAUGGCGCUCUACAGUUUCUAUGGAAAUGGGUAUUUAUAAAGGUUCCUGUAAAUACUGUACAUGAAAAUAUCAGUAUUAUUUUAAGAAGCUAAAGAUACUCAAAAUACAUUUUAAUCAAUUAUAAUAACAUAUAUUAUUCCUAAUGUUUACAGUUUCAGCUAUCUCACUCUAAAUGCUGGUGCAAAGUUCUCUGGGGAAUGUUUUGAAUUAAUAGUUACACAUUUAAAGAAAAUAUUUCGUUUGCAUUGUUGCAGUUAGAUAUGAAGAAUCAUAUCAUAUCUGUGCAGUAAAUAUGAACUUCAGCCUGGAGAUGGUUAGCUUAGCAUAAAGACUGGCAGCAGGGGGAACAGCUAGCGUAGUUUAAAGUGUGUCUACCAACAUCUCUUUAACUCUAGCUCGUUUAAACCCGACAAGACCAAAGUGUAAAAAAGCAGCAGAACAGAUUUUGUUAGCUUAGAACAGAGCCGAGCUGAAUGUUUCCCUCUGUUUCUAGUUCUUGGGCUAAGAUAAAGAAACCAUCUCCUCCUCUAACUUUAAUUAAGAAAGAAAUCUUAACCACAUUACUUCAUCCCAGCCUUUACUUUUUUAUUUCUAAAUCAGAAGUUUGUGUGGUGCUAGCAAUCGAUCUUUUCGACUCUUUGUAUCGCCCUCCUUGUGAAAGUUUUUGCUCAGAAAGGCUGAAGUUGUUCGGUCAAAGAAGGGAACUAAGUAUUUAACAAGUGUUCUCAAUACUGUUAAAUACAGCAGCCGCUUGUUCAGCUUGAAGAAACUAAAAAAAAGGAAAUUUUCACCAUGCAACUUUAAAAAACAUUCUGCUUCGAUGUGACCAUGAAAAACACUACACUUCUACAGUGACUUACACAAUAUGUUCUCAUUUCAAAUCACUUAAAGCUGCAUUAAGCGUUUUUUGACCACUAGGGGGCAGAAAGACUCCCAUACAAAUUCUCAGUAGUACAUUUGCACAUCUAGCAGAAAAAGAGCAUCAUGAGCAUCGUAUUAAAUCACGUGUCUGUCCACCUGAAGAAUGUAAAUCUGAAAUCCACUCUGCUUUUAGCUCUGUUUUGGUCUCCUCCAACUCCUGAGAUGAAUAUCUGUCUCUUUAGCUACUUGUUUAUUUCAGCUCUCUAUUGUUUGGUGUCAACAUACACUAAGUUCUUGAUAUUAUCAGAGGCAGCAGGUUUAUGCAGAGCCAUUGUUAGCCCGGCUCGCCUGCUUUCAGUUUUACAUUUUGGACAAAGGAUAAUUUAGGCUGUAAGUGAUGUAACAGAUGUUCCUAAAAUGGUGAAUUUUUAGGGGACUAUUUUCAGCGGCGAAUUAAUACACAUCUGGAGCUUUUGGGCCAGAUUCACGACGCAUUUAAAAAAAAAAUGCUUCUUUUUUCUCUUAAGCCAAAAUUUAAGAAGAUUUGGUAAUCAUGAAGAAAUUAAUUUAUAUCUACCAGGUCAAUCAUGCAAUGUUAUCGGGCCAGAAAAUACUUUUUACUAUAAACUAACAUUGUUAAUAAAGAAUCUGUAAAUCAACAAAAAAAAAUCACGUCACAACCCCGCAAAAUUAUUCUUAUUACUAUCAUUCUUGUAUAAUUUUGUCCAAUCACAUUUAAAAAGUGUAAAAGAGCCGUAUGAUUAAAUACUUUUCUUUCCCUUCAAGUUAACAGAUCACUAAACUGGAAGCAGCCGACUCAGCCGGCCAGCCUAUAGAUGCACAAGAUCCAUAAAAGAUCAGAGUAUUUUAAUGCAAAUUUUUGGGCUCCAUGCUCCACUGAGCAUCAUUCAUAGGAAUGAACUGGUCCCAGCCUCCUAUGUUGCAUCCAGUUCUCUUUAUGCAUCCAUACCACGCUUUUACUUUCUCCAGCGUCGUCACCUGUGACUGCUCUCUGCCGGGCUGUGGUUCUCUGUGCGCUCUGCUGAGCAACUAAUGGUGCAGGAAGGAACGUAACAGUUGCAACAGUCAAUCUUUGCAACACAAUACAUUGACGUCUUUGACAUUACGUCAACACUGUCACUUCUUCAUCGAUAAUGUUAGUUUUAAGGGCGUUUUAAACUAAAAAUAUGUGCAUAUCUAACACUUUACGCCUUUUUUAGAGAGCUGAAUCAAAGUGCUAUAAGCUGUGGAGUGCUGCAGGUUUUCUUCUCAGGUGUUUCAGCGCUGUGAGCAACACUUUAAGAGUCAUUUGAUACAAUUUAAAUAUCACAAAUCUCGCUUAAUGAAGCUUUAAGCUCAUCACACCCAUUCACAUUCAGUCUAAAAAAAAAAGGGCUUCAUUGUACAUCUUGUGUUUUCAGGAACAAAGCCUCAGAGGAUAAAAGAGAUUCAAUGUAUGUGAAAUCGUGUUUUUCUCCCAAAGUACUUCCCGAAAUGGCUUUUUUUAUGGUGAAAGAAGAAAGAGAAAGCUAUUUAUUUAAAAAAAGAAAAAAUGAAAAAAAAGGAUUUUCUCACAACCACCAUGCAUUUGACUGCAAUAGCAAAGACUUGUGUUUUCAGCAAAGAAAUAACUAUUCACACUCACUCCUGUGUGCCAAUGUAUAGUACAUGUAUAUAGCAUUGCGUACAUAAAUAUUUAUUGAAAGUUAAAGGGUUCUGCUUUGUUUUUACAGUAUGUGCAGUGACAACUGAUCAAUAAGCUGCAGCGGAUAAACCAUUGAGUCACAUUAAAGACCAUUUUUCUUCCACAUUUUCAUCUUUUUAAUGGAUUUCUACUUUUUUUUAAAAACUCGAUAGACUAGGAAUUACAUUGUUUUUUGCAAACAAUUAGAUGUAAAUAUACAUGCUCAAUUUUGAGAUGUUUUACUUGUCAGAAAGCUGUUUUUUCACAGCUGUUUUGUAGAAGUUGUUAACAAAGCUGUUACAUCACAGCCAAGUGUACUGACCAGACAGAUGCUUUAUUUUAACCAAUAAAACAUUAAUAGUGUAGUACCAGUAAACCAGUAAAGUUGUUUUUUUUAUGCUGUUUGUAGUUGUCAGUAUUGUCUAACCAUUUUACAUUUUCCUCCCUUGUUCUUUUCACAUCCUUUACUUGCUGCCUAUACAACAUUGCUGCUAAUGUUAUACAGAGCUUGUAAUGAUAAAUAGGGUACAGUAGUUGUAGAUGUUACCUUGACAAUCCCUGAGCCUCAGACAGAUAUUACUGCAUAGGAUUCUCCAUGUACUGUAUCAAUACCCCUGUGCUAUCCGUGCAUUGAAGUAUUACGAUUGUCAUGACUGUCAGUCACUCUCUGCUCUAUUCGCUUUUCUAUGUAUUUGUGUAGAUUGAAGUGUACACUACUGAUGCUGUUUGUUGUAAUGGGGAGCACAUAGCAAUAAAAGAUAUGUAAAAAUA